UGAAUCUAGUUAAGCAGUCGGACACAUUACUUGCAGGAGGGAUCAUCAUUAAAGGAACUGGGCAUAAAACAGUCUGAUUGCAAUGGCAAAACUAGCUUAACUUGGCUUUGCAGAUAACUAACUGGAUGUAAUUGGACAAAUUUAUCCCUGUCGCAACGCUCUUGGUUUCAGUAAGGAUAUCUAAAUUAGAUUCAUGCUUUUUCCUUCUGUUUCUAUAUUGUACUGACCUUUUUAGCAGAAAACAGAGAGGACAGCAGCCAGUCAGGCACAGGUGUGUGACCUGCUUUUGUGAUAAUGGAACAAUCCAGAGAUUCCUCUUCUAAUUUAUUUUAUGCAUUCAUAUCCCAUACAUAAUAACUAAGUUUGCAAAAUGCUUUGAAGAUGUAAAUGUUAAGGGUCUUAAGCAAAGCCUACUGAUGUUAUCAAGCUUGGUGUUGCAUACAACUUCAUUCACCCUCGUAACUUCUCCUUUUAGCAGGCUAGUAGUAUUUCUAUUUUGCAGAGGAAACAGGAAACUAAAGCAUUUCUGCUCAGGCCUGCAGAAAGACUACCCAUGCCACAGAUGAAAAGUUGUGUUCUGAACCUAUGACAGGAAGUCAAGUGUGAGACCAUGCUCUUUUUGGAUAACAUCCCUGGCUUUUAGGUUUUUAUGGACUAGGGACAGCAUAACUGUAUCUGAUGUAUGUGGCUUUUUCCCUUCCAGAUUUGGGAAGAAACAUGAACAAAAUGAAUUGUAUCCUGAUCAGUGCUUUCAUUACUUUGGUUGUUUUUUGCAGUUCUGGCUACUCUCUGAGAUGUUAUACAUGUGAACAAAGUCCUGUAUUGUGCAAGACCAAUGGUACCUGCAUACCUGGUGAAGAUGCUUGCCUACAGAUCAGACUUCCUAAAGUGAAAACAUACGCCUGCUGGAAGAAUUCCAGAUGCAACACAAAUGAGAUUGCCUCUGUGUUUCAUGCUGAUAACUUUGAGUACUUUUGCUGCCAAACUGAUAUGUGCAAUAAGAGUCCAACUACAGUGACUAGUAAAACUGCCUUCAGUGUUGCCACCAUAAUGACUAUGAUCUGGAUACUCUGCUUUUAAAGAUGACUUGCUGUCACUGUUAUUUGUACUUAACAUUUUCUCAGUUCUAACUGUGGGAGGAGGAGGCAGGAACACAUUUAUUACCUGUUACUUUUAAAUCCUAUUUCAUAGAUUGCUUUCUGUUGAGGGUAAAUGGCUGUCUACAGCAAACUGGGAAAAGGAGUAUAAAUAUCUUAUGCCAUAUUUGUGGAGAAAAUAACUUGAAUGGAAAAGGUGUACAUAGGGUCACUAAAGAAAGAUAAUUUUCUAGCAAUUAAUGUACCUUCAGUGUUCUAUAAAUUUGCAGUUAUGAUUUUUCUUUUUGAGUAAGUCUUAGCCUCAGAUUAGUGCAUUAGUUGAUCUGAUGCCACUUGUAACUGGUAAAAGUGUUUAAUUGCAAUGGUGUCAAAUCCUGGUUCCUUUCCCAACUUUAAAUGUUUUGCAAAAGGAUUGAGGCUUUUGGAAUACCAAUUAUUUAGUAGGAAAGCUUAUGAACUUUUUAUACCUUGAUUUACCCUUCAGCUGUAUAUUGUAAAUAUGAGGAAUGCCUUGCCUCCCAAGUUUUAUGAGCAUGCAGACAUGUACUUGCUACUUGAGUAUCUUGUGUAAACUUUCUCUUUAGCUUACGGAAGCUUUCACAUCUAAGAUGCAAGUUGAGCAUGUGCUUUGUGCAACAAACUGCUUAAUGUAUUGAAAGUUAUCUACAAAGCAGUUAAGAAUUUAAAAGGAAGAUCAGUUAGACAUGCCCAGUAUGGAUAUCCUUCACUUUACUUUUUAUUUGGCUUCAAAAUAUAUCAACAAGUAAGACCUAAAUAGGAGUUUAACUAUCUGUGUUCCAGACCUGGACUGGGAACUCUUGGAACUGAAUUUUAUGCAACAUUUAGAACUUGCAGUAUUUUACUGCAACUAACACUAUUAUGUAUUGCAUGAGAGACCAUUCUUUCUGAUCAUGUAAAAUGUUCUUGACACAGUUGGGUUGUUCCUUUUUUUUUUUUUUUCCCGUUCUUGCCUGCCUCACUACCCCCCCCCACCAAAUGUACUGGCCCACUGAGCAACACGAGGAAUAUCUUUAAUGCUUUCACUGUAUUUAGGCACCUUUCUUAAUUGGAUAUUAUAUUAUGUCAAAUCUUCUUCCUCUCAUACAGUGUGUUUAUGGUAUUGUCUUUAAAAAAAAAAAAAAGUGUUCAGGGGUGCUGCCUUGUCUUGAAGUUGGAUCAGUUGCCAAAGACUUGUUUUCUAAUUGUGGGUUCCUUGGCCUGUGAUAUCCUUGGUCUGUCUUGGUGACCAGCUUCUACUUUUCAGUCAAAACUGAGCAGAUAAUUGUACCAUACUUUUCCUUGUGAAAACUAAGACAGUUUUGGAUUUCUGCUGCUUUUGGUCAAAAUUUUAUUUUGGCUAUCACAGAAUUCAGAACGUAAACAAUUGCUCAGAAUGUGAAUGGCUAUGGUGAUUUUUGUUUAAUAAAAAAAGGCAGAAAAAUAAAGA